UGUCUCAUAGAUCAACCAACAGUCAUCAGUGUCUCUCUCACUAUCUAGCUGAUAUUUCCAACACCACCCAAUUUAAGUAUCUCUCUCUCUCUCUCUCUCUCUGUAGCUAGAAAGUUUUCUCUCGGCGACAAGUGAUAUGGCUCCAAAGAACGACGGAUCCACAAAAAAGGUUAUGAACAAAGGAGCCUGGACUGCAGAAGAAGAUAGAAAACUUGCAGAGUACAUUGAAAUCCAUGGUGCCAAGAGGUGGAAGACUGUGGCUUCCAUAGCAGGUUUGAAUCGAUGUGGAAAGAGUUGCAGACUGAGAUGGUUGAACUACCUGAGACCGAAUAUCAAGAGAGGAAACAUAUCUGAUGAUGAAGAGGACUUGAUACUUCGUCUUCAUAAGCUACUCGGAAACAGGUGGUCGUUGAUUGCCGGUAGACUCCCAGGCCGAACAGACAAUGAAAUAAAGAACUACUGGAAUUCACAUUUGAGCAAGAAAAUAAAGCAGAAGAAUGAGAAAGCUACAUUGGCUUCGACAGCGCAAGAGACUAGUACCACAAGUACUACGACCACUACUCCUCCCCAGAAGGCAUUAAACGAGACCAUUAGUGCUCCAGCAGACAAAGACGAAGAAGAACGAGUAAAGUUAGGAACAAGUUCGGAUGGUAACUUCGAUGUGAACGAGUUCUUUGACUUCUCCACUGAAGGCUCGUAUGGGUUGGAGUGGGUGAACAAGUUUCUUGAGCUUGAUGAAGACCCCAUGGCUGCUGCUUACAGAGAAAAUAAUAAGGCAAUGCCCAAGGAAAGCCAGAGUCAACAAAAAUCUAAGUGCCCUUAAGAAUUAGCAGCAGCGGCAGCAAUCAAGGCCACCAUUAUCAUCAUCACCAUGACAUGUUCAUAUGUUGGUUUAUUUCCCACGAAGAAAGUAAGCUUUAUAAUUGGUGCAUCGUUGGUAUAGAUUACAGAGUCAACUUUGUUGUUUUAAUUGAAAGCUUGAGGUUUAUGACUCUACUUGUUUAAGUUCUGCCCACUGGAUCUAGAGGAAGAACUUCUUGAGAUCGAUUCUGUGUACAAUAUUCAAACCAAAAUUUGACAUUUCUAUUCGGAGUUUUUAUUUUUUUAUUU